AUGUUUUUUGGAGGGAAAAAGGACCUUACAGGACACACCCAGGUGGUGCACAACGCCGCGGCCGCCGCCUGCGAGCGCGGAAACGCAUGGCAGAUGGGCUGGGCGCUGGUCGGUGAGCUCGGCCAGGCCCUGCUGGAGCCCAGCGCCGCCAGCUUCAGCGUGGUCCUGACGUGGCGCAAGGCCCUCGCCGCGGCGCCCACGGCGCUGGACACCAUGCGGCGCUGCGCCUUGCGCGUGGGCGAGCUGAGCCUGGGCAAAACCAUCGCUGCCUUCUCAGUGAGUGGCGGUUGGCAGCUGGCGGCGGGCGUGUUGCAGGACAUGGGGCCGGCCGCCCUGCGCGCCAAUCAGAUCUGCCGGAGCGCCGCGGCGACCGCACUCCAGCGUGGCGGCCGCUGGCGGCAGGCCUUGCGCCUGUGCGACGCCUCGAGGGCAGACGCGGUCGGCUUGGGCGCCGCCAUCAGCGCUGCUGCGCUGGGCGGGUGGUCCUUGGCGCUGGCCCUCAACGCGCUGGGCAUGAGCGUCGUGGGCGCCAGUACGGCCAUCACCGCCUGCGAGCGCGCUGCUUGCUGGCCUCAGGCCCUGGCGCUCUUGUGGGGCAUGGCGAAGGCGAACCACGUGAGCUUUAAUGCAGCCAUCAGCGCCUGCGAGAAGGCUGGGCAGUGGGAGCUGGCGCUGGCGCUGCUGAAGGCGACGAGCCGCCGGAGCCUGGCUGACCAGACCUCGUGGAACGCGGCGGUGAGCGCCUGCGAGAAGGCGCGGCGCUGGCAGAUGGCCUUGGCGCUGCUGGUGGCAGCCCCGGCGCGCGACACGGUGGGCAUAAACGCUGCCAUCAGCGCCUGUGAGAAGUGUGGGGCCUGGGAAGCAGCGCUGGCGCUGCUGGCCAGCAUGCCGGCGCACCGCGCCCGGACCUCCGAGGUGAGCUUCAGCGCCAGCAUCAGCGCCUGCGAGAAGGGCGGGCAGUGGCCGUUUGCGCUGCUCCUCCUGAGCCAGAUGAGUGAUGUGCAGCUGGCGCCCAACGAGUUCAGCUUUAGCGCGGCGCUCACCGCGUGCGCCGCGGCCGCGGCGUGGCGUCAGGUUCUGGCAGUGCUGCGGCGGAUGGAGGCGCAGCAGGCCGAAGCUGGUGGGCGGCGCUGGGCGGCGGAGGUUCCGCCCACGGGGGAUCUGCUGGUCUGCGCGGCCCUGGCUGCGUUGGAUCCUCCGAGCUGCCGCCGGGCGCUGGCGGCUACGGAGCGGUGGGCCACCGACCCUCGGAAGCGAUCGCCGGUUUCACAGCUGGAGGCAUGGCGCAAGAACCCCAAGGCGCUGACUUCCUUCCUUCGAGCGUCGACGCCGGACGUCAUCGCCGAGGUCCUGGCCCUGGGCUUGCCGCUGAACCUCUUCCACUACAACGCCAUGCUGGCGGCCUAUGCCAAGAGGAGGGCCUGGCUGGGAGCGCUGGACUUGGCCUCGAGCUUUGGGAGGCGGAGGGCCCAACCGGACGUGGUAUCCUUCAACUCGGCCAUCUCCGUGUGCAGCUGGGGGAUGGCUCUAGCCCUCCUUGCCCGACUGGCCGCGGGGUGUCGGCCCGACGUCUUGACCGGGAACUCCUGCCUCGCGUCCUUCGGCUCCGGGGGCUCCUGGCGCGGGGCGGCGGGGCUGCUCGCGGGCUUCGCUUCCGAGGGCGCGGCGGGCUUCCCGGACACCGUGAGCUGGGCGUGCCUGGUGAAUGCCUGCACCGACACCUGGGAUCAGGCGCUGUCCGCGUUGGCCGCGUCCUCGGCUUCGGGGUGUGCCAGCGAGGUGGCCUACCACUCGGCGAUGAAGGCCGUCGGGCCCUUGGAGCGGGGCUGGCGCCUCGUCUCGGAGCUGCUGGCGCAGCUGCGGCUGCGGAACCUGCGGCUCUCCGGGCGCACCUGGGGCGCCGCGUCCGGAGGCCGAUGGCGGUUUGCCCUGCAGAUGCCCUGGAGCCAGGUGGUCUGCGGCAACCUGCUGGCCGCCCAAGCCUCGGACGAGGCUUGGCGCCAGGCCGCGGCGUCUCUGGCGCGGAUGCCGCGCCGAAGGCUGGCGCCCAACGAGAUCUGCGUCUCCAGCUGCAUAGGCGCCGCGGCCCGGGCCUCUGCCUGGGCCGUCGCCUUCCGCAUGUUUCAUGGGCGAAGACAGCUGGACGAGAUCGCCGCCGGCAACGUUCUGCUGGCGGACGGCGCGGCUGCGUGGCGGCAUGUGCUGGGCACCUUGAGCGCCAUGAAGGAGAUGGGCCUCGAACUGAGCCCGACCUGCGGCACCUCGGUCGCCGGCUCCUGCGCUGGGGCCCAUGCCUGGAGGCCGGCCGUGGGCCUGCUGAAGUCCUUCGAGGCCUUGGUGACAAGGGUGCUGGGCGCCUGCGCGGCUUCCGGACAGUGGCAGAUGGCGCUGCACCUGCUGGAGGCGAUGCCGGCGUUGCGGCUGCGGCCGGACCGCGCCAGCCACGCCGUUUUCCUCACCUCGCUGCCCUCGAGCUCGUGGCAGUUGGCCUUGGAGGUCUUGGCUCGGAUGUCGAGCCAGUCCGUUGAGGCCGACGCCGGCACCUGCAACGCUGCCAUCAGCGUGUGCUCCAAAGGAGUGCAGUGGCAGCAUGCGCUACAACUCUUGAGCGCGAUGCCGUCUCGUCGGAUCGCGGCGACCGCUGUUUCCUAUUGCGCUGGCAUCGAUGCGUGCACCUCUGCUGGCCAAGUCGGCGCCGGGCGCUGCUUGCUGCGGGACAUGCCGAAAGACUUCCGCGACCCAGUGCCCCUGAUCUGGGCUAUGGCCAGUCUCGGGGUGAAAGACCUGCCGCUCCUUGCAACCUCGCUGGCUGCCAGCGCAGAGAUGUUGGAUCGCCUGCCUUUGAAGGAGGUGUCCAUUCUUGCCUGGUCCUUGCGGAUGCUCAGCCUGGAGUGCCCGACAAUUUGCCUCCGUCUGCUGGAGCGCGGAGCCGCAGAGAUCCAUCGCUUUCCGCCGGAGGAGUUGCUUCGCCUUGCCUGGGGCCUCAUGCACCGCGCGGGCUUUGACUUUGCGCGCCUGGCGCAGGAGCGGGUGGCCCGGCUGCUGGACGAAUCGCUGGCAGGAGAAGGCCCGACUUCUUCCAGGACUUUGUACCUGUCGGAGGUGGCGCUCGGCAUUGUUUGGAGCUGCGCUUUUGCGGGGAAGAAAAUCCUUCGGCCGAAGCUGCGCGGGGCGCUGCUGCGGCUGGGUGCGGCGCUGGACGCGUCUCAGAAGCUGCCGACGCCGGGAGCCGCGGCCGACGGCGUUUCGGCGCCUGCCAGCGCGGCGCCGGGGCCAAGGGUGGUGCUGGACUUGCCGGACAGGCGGGUGGUCUUCAAGCCGCCCGGCUGGGAGGUCUACGACGGCCACGUGGAGCUGCAGCUGAGGCGCUUCCUCCAGGCGCAGGGCUCCGGUCCCGGCGCGCUUCGCUGCCCGAUUUUGGAUGACGCCCGGCACAGCUGCGGGUUUCUGCACCGCCUGGACGUGCCGAGCUCCGGGCUGAUUCUGGCGGCCAAGACCUACGAGGCCUUCUACGACCUUCAGGUCCAGCUGCAUGGUGGCGCCCUGCGCCGGGACUACGUGGCCCUGUGCCACGGCUGGGCGAGCCGCGCGCGGGUGAUCUUGGCGCCGGUGCAGGUGGUCCAGGAUGCCAUCACCAGCGCGGGCGCCGGGCGACCUGCGAGGAGCAAGAUGAAGGUGCUCGGUGCCCUGGGCCACCGAAACGGCGGCGCGGCCACGCUGGCGGCGCUGCGGCUGGGCUCCGGGCGGAGGCACCAGCUGCGGAGCCACCUGGCGCACAUUGGGCAUCCGGUUUGGACCGACGGCAAGUACACCGCCGCUCCAACGCACUCUUCAGAUGCCGCGGUGUGCGGGCGGAACUUCCUGCACCGCUACCGCCUGGCCUUCGGGGCACGCGCGGAGCGGCUCGCUCAGCCGCGCGAGGUGCUGGAGCCGCCGCCGGCGGAUCUGCUCCGCGCGCUGGCGCCGUUUUGGGCCAAGGGCGCCGUGUCCGCGCGGCUCCGCGGCCUCGAGGGGCUCGGUGACUGGGCGCGGCUGGUGUCGCUGGAGCGACAGCGGCGCGAGUGCGACAAGGGGAAGGAGAUGUUCAACGAGCUGGAGGUGUCAGGCCAAAGAGUUCAGACUGACCAAACCGACCCGUUGGCCGCUGGGAAGGCUACGGCCCCGGCGGAGCCGCAGUGGUUGCGGGGGCGCCGAAGCGCUGAUUCGUUCGAUCUCCGGGUCGAGCGAUCGCCGCCCAAUGCGUUGGACGGGCCUGAGCUAUCACACCAUCGGCCGAAGCACUGGAGCUGUGGCCCAGGCAGCGUCAUCAAGGACGCGUUCAAGAGCGUGAACGGUGAGGUUGGGAGCCUGCGAAAUUCCGUUGCGAUCCCUGUUUUGGGCUGCAGACGAGUGAGGCGACCGUCCAACGUCACGCUGCGGCAAUGGGCUGGCCAAUGGCGCCGCGCCUUGCCGCGCGCUGCGCGAGGCCCACACCAUUUUACAAGAGAAGCGGACAGGCUCCUCAGGCCGGCGAUCCCGCGCGAUGCCGGGCUGGCGUACUUCGGCGCCAAGGAUGCUGAUUUGGGCGCUGCGACGCCCGGCCACGCCGGGGAGCACUACCAAAGGACCCUGCCGCCGCAACAGGCCCCCUUUGCCUCGCAGCAGGGGCGAAGGCUCUUCAAGGAGGCCCUGGAGGCGGGGACCAUGGAGAGCUACUUCUUCCUGGCGGAGCAGUUCCGGACCCAGGACGAGCCCACCUCUUGUGGCCUUACCACCUUGGCCAUGGUGCUGAACUCGCUGCGCAUCGACCCCAUGCGCACCUGGAAGGGCGUGUGGCGGUGGUUCAACGAGCAGAACCUCGCCUGCUGCACCGGCCCCGAUCGGGUCCGCGCGGAGGGCCUGUCCUUCGAUAUGUUCCGCGCCCUCGCGGGCUGCAACGGGGCGGAGGUGCUGGCACACCGGGCCCCCGACUGCGAGGUGUCGGAGGGCGCGGGCUUCGUGGCCGCCUUCCGCGCGGCGGUGAAGGCGGCGAGCAGCACCGACGAGCGCCAGUGCCUGGUGGUCUGCUACUCGCGGGCGGUGUUGGGGCAGAGCGGGGCGGGCCACUUCUCGCCCAUCGGAGGCUACCACGAGGCGAGCGACCGGGUGCUGAUCUUGGACGUGGCGAGGUUCAAGUACCCCUCCCACUGGGUGCCCCUCGAGGACCUGGCCCAAGCCAUGCUGAAGGUGGACCCUGCCACGGGCAAGCCCCGGGGGUACCUGCAGCUGCGCCUGCAGAGGCCCACGGCCCAGCGCGGCGCGCCUCUGCGGGUGCCCUUUGUGCCUCCCGCCGCCGGCCGGCGCCUGGCGGAGGCCUUCGCGGCGAAGCUGCGGGAGCUGGAGGCGGAGGUCACGUGCCCGCUGCCGGAGGGGAGCCGGCCCUACCUGGUGCCCAUGCGGCGCUGGCUCGCCGCCGUGGCUUCGGUGGAGCCACAGGUCUUUGGGCAGCUGCUGCAGGUGGGGGACCUUGAAGCUGUGCAGGAGGUCCUCUCGCGGUUGGCGGCCCACGGGCCCUUUGUGGAUCUCUGCGAGGCCUACGAGCAGGCCACCGGCACCUGCGAGUUGGGCGCGCGCUUCCCGCCGCUCAGGUUCCAGGUCGGGCAGCCUGCAGAGGACCUGACUCUUUGGAGCUGCGGGGAGCUCUGGGUGCUGCUGCUCCUGCUGCUGCCCGAGCACAUGCAGGUGCUGGUGGCGCCGGAAAUUGUAGAAGCCGACCUCGCGAAGGGCAUCACCCGCGCCAUCCGGGGGCCCUGGGCGCUGCCGCUGGAAGCGCAGAGAGAGACGCUGAGCCACAUCCUCCCAGAGCCUCGGCGGCGCUGCGAGUUGCCCAAGCCAGCCCCCAGGUGA